AAAGACAGAGAGGGGUGCAGAUGAGCACUCCUGGGCCACAGCUCAGAGAGCAGAUCCGUACAGAGUUUCACAGCAGCAUCAAUUGGGCUUAACACUACACCAAAGAUCAUGACCACCCAAUUCAGCAAAGGACCCACAUUCGGACUCUCGGCUGAUGUCAGAAAUAAGCUGGUGCAGAAGUAUGACCCUCAGAUGGAGGAGGCCCUGAGGAUGUGGAUCUAUGAGGUCACAGGUCGCUGGGUUCCUGAAAACUUCAUGGAUGGACUGAAGGACGGUGUUAUUCUAUGCGAGCUGAUCAACAAACUGCAGCCUGGAUCAGUUCCAAAGGUCAAUCAUUCAUACCUCAACUGGCACAAGUUGGAGAAUAUUACUCACUUUGUGCGAGCAAUUGGUGAAUACGGCCUGAAAGCACAUGACAUCUUUGAGGCCAAUGACCUUUUCGAGGACAUGAACCACACCCAGGUUCAGUGCACCCUCGUGGCAUUGGCUGGAUUGGCCAAGACUAAAGGCUUCUACACAAAAAAUGACAUCGGUGUUAAGUAUGCAGCAAAAAAGCAAAGGAAGUUCACUCCUGAAAAGAUGAAGGAGGGGGAAAGCAUCAUCAGCCAACAGAUGGGUUCCAAUAAGUUUGCCAGUCAAAAGGGCAUGACCUCCUAUGGAACAAGACGACAUCUGUAUGAUCCCAAUAUAGGCAUGGAGAAACCAGCGGAUCGAUCCACUAUAAACCUCCAAAUGGGCACCAACAAAUGUGCCAGCAUGGCUGGCAUGUUUGCACUUGGCACGGCGAGACAGGUGACGGAAAAGAAUGUGAAUCUAGAACCAGUGGACUCUUCAACAGUGUCUCUGCAGAUGGGCACCAACAAAGUGCCCUCUCAGAGUGGGCUCACUCCCAUGGGAGGCUCACGUCUAGUCUACAACCGCAAAUACUGUGUCAAAGCUAACGAACAAGACGGCAUUGAUUUAAUCAAUUAAUACAUUGGCAUUUCGCCAUUGGUAGAUUUUGUUCUUUUCUACUGAUCUCAGAUCAGCCUUACUAAAUUAAAUGAUCAUUUUAGCCUUCACAGACGGCAUAACAGUUAAGUCAGGCACAAACUAGAAAGAUUGUGUGAUUGAUCACCAGUAUCAGGUCAGGUGACGUUGUCAGAUCUGUAGGAGUUCAUCAAGAAUGUUAAUAAUCUUCAUAGCUAAAAAUACAUUUCUUCCUUUAAUUAGAGAAAACAUGAAGCUGCUCUCUGAUCAGUUACAAGAGGAACAUCUACCUUACAAGCAGAUCUUAUCAACUUCAAACUAACUGGUUUGGGUCAUUUACUACAGACCAGUCAUAUUUUGAAUUGUAUCUUUCCAUGUGCUAAUAGUUUAUUGUAUUCUUUAUAUUCCUCACUGUUAAACACAAAAUUGGUGUCUUUAGUAUGUGUCAGAAUAUACUGGAUACAGAAAAGAUACAAAGAUGAUUAAAGAUAAAUAAAGGAUCAAACUUUACUGAAAAAUUUUAAUAAAAAGUAAUGAAAAUGAAAAAGUGCAAGGUUAAUGUUCUAAAGAGAAUUUUACAAAAGCAGAAAAUUAAGGGAAUACAUUUUAUGGUAGGUAUGGGGACAAGACCCUCACACAUUUGGUCCCCUCGUUCCUGAAUGUGUGGCUUUGCAACCUUGUCAUGCAUUAUAAGUUCAUAUUCUUUAGCAGAAAAUCACACAAAACAGGCUUAAUCAUUUACAAUCAUAAAUAAAUAUACAGUAUGUUUAGAAUAUAGUCUGCUAUAGUUAGUAUUAAGGAAGUGAUGUAAUUCAGGGGGAAAGUGUGGCAGCAUUUGAUAGUUAAUAAACAAAGUUUUCAUUUGCAACACUUUUGAGCACCUCAGUGCAGCAUGUUUGCUUGUAUUGCUUAUUUUCUCACUGAUUGAAAAAACUAAAUCUUCAAGAAUUGUGUUAUCAUUUGUGCCUUAUUAUGUUUACAAUGUUCAAGUAAGCAUUUCUUGGAAAUGACAUGAAUAGAAUUUCAUAUUUGUCACUAAAACAACUAUAUAAUGGCUUAAUAGAAUUAAAAAAAUCAGUCGUAACUGACAUUUCAUGACCCUUUUAAUUCUUGCAAUAAAAUUAUUUGCUUUAAA